AUGAGUCCGAAAAUCACUAAGAUGGCUUUACAAGAAAUAACACCCGAGCCCCUAACGGAUUACCGUCCUUCAGAUGAUGAGAAAGGCACCAGGAAGUUGCCGUUGAUAUUUGAACCCGCUUUCAUCAGACGCUGCUUGCACAGAAUACAGAAAUAUUCGGUAUGGCCCGUGAUGAUGUAUUUCCCGCUUCACGCAACAAAUACCUUGAUUAUACCCGGUAUUUCGCCUGAAAGCGCCCCAAAUGAUGUUCUGAUGAUGAUAAGGGAGAUUUUGCCCUCAUUUACCUCUAAACUCUUACUAGCAUCUAUGGGCGUUCACGUUUGUAGCGGAUUGGUAUUGCGAGUUUGGUCAAUUAUAACCAGAAAAUUGCAUCGCCGCAGAAAGGGAUACACCAUCAGUGACGAGAGAGAGCGAACUUCUCAAAGAAAUAUUGGGUUAGUUGGUGGACUCUCUGGGUAUUUUGUCGGAUCUUACCGUCAAUUGGCAUAUUCUCCACAAGCGUUAUCGGGCUAUAUUCUGAUUCCCGUGAUUAUCUAUCAUAUGAGACUCAUGAAAUGGAUACCGGCAAGCUUAGAUAUCGACAUCGACUUUGAUUUUGUUAAAUGGCUUCUCCAGCACAACAGUUCAACUAUAAAAUGGGCCGCUGGUAUAAUACCUCUCUCGCUUCUUAUUUCAACAGGCGCAUACCACAUAGUGGCCGGGACUUGCCAAUAUGCGAACAUCUGGCGACUAGAGGCUAGAAAAAGGUUCACAUCUGUUUUUCUAGCACUCGUUGGUCUCGGAUUUGCGUCCAUUUACAGACUUGCAUCAUCUAGCAGCCCUAGCUUGGGUCAUCAAUUUUACGGCGCCAUCACGAACAAAUUAUUAUGA